GAAGUCAUUAGAAACACAUCUGCGCUCGAGGAGGACAUUGCUAAACGGUCGAGAUUGUGAAAUACGUUUACAGGAUUCUAUCUGUCCUCAUUGCACACGAAGCAACACUGAUUGUAAUAUACCAUGAAAGAAGUGAAAACUCAGAGGGAUUGGCAUGACAUCGCCUUUCGCUUAUCAGCUCUUUGCGGAGGAUUUGAAAAAUACGACAUCGUAGAAGAUACAGGCUUCAGUGCCAAGAAUAGAAGAAAAUCUUCCCAAGAAAGACCAAAUGACCUAGAUAUAAUCAGGCGAGGCUCCCUUCCCCAAACACGUAAUGAAGGAACUCAGGCAGCAAUCCAAGACUCGCGGAUUUCCUUAACCAAAAGAAGUUUGAGUGACGGGGUAGUGCUUGUAGAGAAGGACGCGGACUUUUCAACAAGAAAAAUCGACAGAUCGCCCAAAUCACAAUCACUGGACUUAGAUGUUUCGUCUUUUGACUUUACCGAGCUCAGGAGCUCAAGUUUAUGCUCUACAGAGUUGUAGACAUUUAAUAAACAACUGACAUUUACAAGACAGCUGAGCUUGGGACGAAAAAACAAAUUGAACGAAAUGAACGCUUCCACCUAUUUAUGUUUGUCUAUAUUGUUUAUUUGUAUAUAUGGAAUCAAGGUGUUAAAAUUUCGAGGCCCAAAAUAUGUACUAUUUUAGUGAUGAAGGCUAAGGUCCUUAGCUAAAAAAAAAAGCUGUAGAAUAAUAACGUAUUAUCUAAUGAAGCCAGCCAGACUACAAGUACUAGAAAUUAAAAGCCCAGUAUCGAGGUAUUGAUUGCAAAUCCUUUUGUUGAGUUUGCCAUUAUCAGCUAAAGAGAGGCGAAAGAA